GCUCGUAAACUGUUGUUGUUGUUCCGCGUUCGCCUCUUGGACGACGAGUCGCAACUUUGACCGAAUAGCCUGCUUGACGAAAAUCGAGAAACAACUUGAUGAUUGGAAUGAAUUUACUUGCAUUCUUUGUUUUGGCUGUACAAAUAUACAGCGUGACGCCUGUCAUUCACACGCUCAAUUAUUUCACGACGGCCUCUCAAGUUGCAAAGCUACCAGAUUACUGGGAGGCCGCGUAUGUUGACGGCGUUCAGAUUCUGCACUUUGACAGCCACCACAGGAAAGCAAAAGCCAAACAAGACUGGGUGGACAAAAUCACACAAGAUGAUCCGCACUACUGGGAGAGAGAGACGGCGGGCAGUAUUCAGAAUGAGCAGGUCUUCAAAGUCGACAUUGAAACCGCUAAAAAGCGCUUCAACCAAACUGGAGGUGUUCACAUGUUUCAGGUGAUGGUAGGCUGUGAAUGGAAUGAUGAGACUGGGGAGGUUGAUGGUUGGCUGCACCACAGUUACGAUGGAGAAGACUUCUUAUCAUUUGAGCUGAAGACGAUGCGCUUGAUCGCAGCACAUCCGCAAGCUUCCAUCACCAAACUCAAGUGGGACCAAGACGGCGGAUAUUAUCAAUACAAUAAGAAUUACUUCACUGAGGAGUGUCCUUUAUGGUUGAAGAAGCACGUGAGCAACGGGAGGGAGUUCCUGACCAGAACCGAGCUUCCCACGGUGUCUCUCCUGCAGAAGACGCCUUCCUCUCCAAUCACCUGCCACGCCACGGGUUUCUACCCCAGGACGUCGGACCUCUUUUGGAGGAAGGACGGCCAGGAGAUCCACGAGGACGUGGAGAUGGGGGAGACCCUCCCCAACCACGACGGAACCUUCCAGACCACGGCCGACCUGAAAGUGGAGCUGACGCCCGCCGCGGAGGGCCGCUACGAAUGCGUGUUCAAACUGGAUGGCGUCCGGGAGGAGAUGGUCACCAAGCUGUACGCCAGAAGCAUCCUGAGCAACAUGCGCAUCCAGGAAGAGGAAGACAGGAAGAAGACGGUGGCCAUCGCUGUCCCGCUGGUGGUCCUGGCUCUGGUGGCGAUGGCGGUGGCGGCGGGGGUAUUCCUGGCCAAGCGUCCUAAAAGCCAACAAGCCAAUUACGCUCCAGCUUCCAGCGCCUCAUCUUCUUGAAUGAACCCCACUAAGGUUGAAGGGAUGUCUUCUUUUUUCGGGUGCCACGCUUGAUUGAAUCAUCGCAUUCCAACUGUAUGAACUAUUUGGAAGUUUUUCUUAUUUCAAAUUGAAAUGCAACAUAGUUUUUCAAGUACAGUGAAUUCUAAUUGUUUUUACUUCACUAGUUCUUCCAAAUACCGCUAGAGGGAGCCAACAAACCACAAGUGAUAUCCGCAUCACACGUUGCUUUUUUUUUUUAAGUGCUUUUUUGUGAUCAAUUUGAUACAAGUUUGAGUAUCAUUGUAAAAGUGUUUGAAAUGAGGUUUCUGGCCACUGAAUUUUCACUUGUGGAUAUAUAAUUUAGCAAGUGUAAGCAAAAAGACAAGAUCAACUCUGGACAUGAUCUUCACCCUGAGACAGCUGCAGGAGAAGUGCAGAGAACAACAUAAACCUCUCUACAUGGCCUUCGUUGACCUUACCAAGGCUUUUGACCUGGUGAGCAUGAGCGGCCUUUUCCAAAUGGUGGAACGGAUAGGUUGCCCGCCAAAACUCGUCAGCAUCCUCCAGUCCUUCCACACUGACAUGAAAGGUACUGUUCAGUACGAUGGGUGCACUUCUGAGUCCUUUAACAUCCGCUGUGGUGUCAAACAGGGAUGCGUUUUGGCACCCACUCUGUUUGGGAUAUUCUUCUCUCUCCUCCUGCGCCAAGCCUUCGGAACAUCAACUGAGGGAGUUUACUUACACACCAGGACAGACGGCAAGCUAUUCAACCUAUCCCUACUGAGAGCAAAAACCAAGAUCAGGUCGUAUGCCAAAAGACAUCUUAUAUGCAGAGCUAAAAUCAGGCAAAAGGCAAGUAGGCCGCCCACUGCUCCGCUAAAAGGAUGUCUGCAAAGAAGACCUCAAAUCCUUCAACAUCAACCCAGGCAUCUGGGAAGACGUCGCCCAGGAUCGCCACAAAUGGCAACAGGCUCUCCGAAACGGGCUGCAGACCUACGAAAUCACCCUGGCUCAACAUCGAGAAACGAAAAGGAAGUUGAGGAAGCAGCAAGCCACCAUGCCCCCACCUCCACUGGAUCCGGCUCACAUCUGUAACAUCUGUGGAUGUGUCGGUCUCUCACGGAUAGGACUCACCAGCCACAGCAGACGCUGUGCAAAGAACACCUAGACACAAGAAAUCUAUGGUCUUUCGAGACUGUGAUGCCGAUGAUUGAACCAAAAAAUGUAUGAUAAAGAAUACGUCUUCUUUCAAGA